AUGCCUGGAGUUCCCAUCGACGCCCUGGACAACCUCAAGUCCAAGUUCAAGGCCAUCUUCAAGAAGAAGGACGAGAAGAAGGCCGAGGCCAAGCCUGCUGCCACUCCCGCCGCGACAACCACCACGCCCGCGGCCACUGAACCUACCAAGACCGAAGCUGCCCCUGCUGCGGCCCCGGCGACCGAGCCCGCUGCUCCUGCUCCCGCUCCCGCUGCUGAGCCGGCCAAGGCCCCCCAGGCCGAGGUCGAGGCCAAGAAGGACGAUGCUCCUGCUACUACCGAGCCCGCCAAGGCUGCAGAGGCUGCUCCCGCAGCGCCCGCAACUCCUGCCGUAGCCGCCGAGGCCCCCAAAGCCCCUGAGCCCGCCACCGAGCCCGCGAAGACGGAGGAGACUCCCGCAGCUACCACCCCGGCCGCGGCCCCGGCUGCGGAGACCGCGCCCGCGCCCGCGCCCGCUCCCGCUGCCGCUGCCGCUACCCCCACCGAGGUUGCCAAGCCCGAGGAGAAGAAGGAGGAGGCCACUGCCACCGCCUAG